UUGGUGACCGACCGAGCUGUUAGCCCAUGGAAUCAAAUCAACUCUCCAUAUGCCCGACGUUGGCAAGAAUACGACAGGCCAUCCCAGAUGGGACGUUGAGUUCUUCGUUAACAGCACCGACACUAUGGAGAACAUCUAUUUCAGAAACGCGACUUAUCAAGCAGAGGCCUUGGCGGAAUGGGAAGAAAUCGAACGGGCUUCUUGACUGCAGGAAUAACGAACCACCUAGGAUUCCUUCGCGUUCCCGAGGGUAUUUUGGAUGGUGAGCCGUGCUCGGGGAACGAGACAGCGCACUACGAGUUCAUGCUUUUGAACGGCCUUAUUUCGGAACCUAUUCCCCCUACAGGGAACUUCCUGUCUAUUAGGACUGCGGUUUUAUGUCCUCUAUCCCGCAGCGACGCCACACUCAACAGUCCCCUGGACCCGCCACUGAUCAACCCAAACUUUUUCGCGCAUCCACAGGACCUCGCCAUCCAUGCUGGAGGCUGCUGCUGUUGCGAAAGGGUUUGUCAAGGCACCGGUAUGGGAUGGAUAUGUCAUUGGCGUUCAGACGGACGUCUCCUAAGAAACAUCAGGAUUGGUGUGGCUACCAUUUACCAUCCAGUCGGUACGGCAAGUAUGUCCCCGGCUGACGCGGGUUGGGGUGUAGCCAACCCAGAUUUGAAGCUCAAGGGUGCCAAGGGGGUGGGGAUUGUCGAUGCAUCGGUUUUGAUAGGGCUUUCUUGUUCUUGCCUGCGCGAUACUAGCUCUUACCUAUCCCUCUCAGCCUUUCGUGACGACAUCACAUAUACAUACGCAGGCGCCUGUUUACGCAAUGGCAGAAAGGGCCGCCGACUUGAUCAAAGGAAGCAAAUAGACAUUGAUGAUCUUAAGUCUUAUUUUAAAGUCAUCGCGUCGAUUUUUUCCUUUAUUAUUCACAUAGUCUAGACGACUCUCGUAUUCUUGCUGUCUUGCUGUUGUCGAAAAAAUAUCGCCAUGUGUUAUUUCCGACUUCAUGGACCACGUGGCUAAAAUCAUUUGGUCCGAAUCGUCCCACCAUUCGUCCGA